AUGAAGUUUUUGCUCAUCAUCUCCGCCUUCGCGGCUACUGCUGUCAUGGCCGCUCCUACCAAGGGUCUUUCCGGAUGCGUCGCCACGUCCUACGAUCAAAUUGCUGGCACCAAAGCCUGCAGCGCGAUCACCAUUCAGGGCCCAUUCACCGUGCCUGCCAACAAGAAGAUUGAUCUCACUGGACUCAAGACUGGAACCACAAUCAAAAUCACCGGCACCAUUACCUUCGCCAAGGGAAAUCUGGACGGGAACAACGACCUUGUGACCAUUGGUGGUACCAACAUCAAAAUCGACGGCACCAGUGGCAAAUUUGACGGCAGCGGACCACUCUACUGGGAUGGCAAGGGAGGCAACGGAGGCGUCAACAAGCCCAAGUUUGUCAGACUCAGCAAGAUGAGCGGCUCCAUCACUGGUCUGACCAUCAUUAACUCUCCAGUGCACACUUUCGCCGUCAGCGGCUGCCAUGGACUUGCUCUCACCGGCAUCACCAUCGACAACCGUAAGGAUCACGCCCCAUGUGGACCCAAGUACGCUCUUGGCCACAACACUGACGCCUUCGAUGUCGGCUCCUCUUCGGGCGUUACCAUCACCGGUGCCAAGGUGUACAACAACGAUGACUGUCUUGCCUUGAACAGUGGCACCAACAUCGUCUUUAACGGUAACCACUGUGAGGGUGGUCACGGUAUUUCGAUCGGUUCCAUCAAAGCCGGAUCUGUUGUUGAUGGUGUCUCGAUCACGGGAAACACCGUCGUUAACUCUGCGAACGCGGUCCGCAUCAAGGCCUACGCCAACGCGACCGGCGGCAAGGUCAACAACGUCACCUACUCGGACAUCACCAUGUCCGGAAUCACCGACUACGGUAUCAUCAUCCAGCAAGACUACACCAACGAUGGCGCUACUGGCAACCCCGGCGGUGCCGCCCCCAUCACCAAUGUUAACUUGUACAACAUCCACGGUAGCAUGGCCAAGAAGAACAGACAGAGUGUGUAUAUUCUCUGCGCCAAGUGCAGCAACUUCAACUUCCAGAAGAUUGCCAUUACUGGAGGUCUUGCUACCAAGUGCACUGGAAUCUCCCCCAAGCCCAUGGGCUGCUAA